UUGUCACACACCAUCCAUUUUCUCCUGACUGUUUCUUCUCAAAAGUUUGCCACUUUCUCCUAUAAAAAACCCAUUUAAACCACAUCCAUUUUCUUCAUCUCAGUAUUAAGUUCUGUAACACUCUUCUUGCUUUGUUUAGUUUCUAUAUUGUCACACACCAUCGUCAAUGGCCUUUUCCCUCUCAUCCACUGAAAGUUUUGGGGAUCUACAUACGGUGUUGAAAAGAGAGAAGAUGAUGAGUGUGAUGCCAGAAGUGGUGGUACGUCCAAUGAACGGUGGAAAUGGUCAUUACAGCUAUACUAAAAACUCUACAUUUCAGAGAAAAGCUAUAGAGGCUGCGAAAGAACUCAUCAACAAAUCAAUAUCAGAGAAACUUGACAUCGAGACUCUUACUUCUUGUAAAACCUUUAAAAUCGCUGACUUGGGUUGCUCAGUUGGGCCUAAUACACUCUUGGCAGUGCAAACCAUAAUAGAUGCCGUGGUUCAAAAGUUUAAAAGCCAAAGAAAAACCAGUACUUCUUGUGAUCACCUCCCUGAGUUUCAAGUGUUUUUCAACGAUCAGGCUUCAAAUGACUUCAACCAGCUUUUCACAUCUCUUCCCCCAAAAACUCAAUACUUCGCGGCGGGGGUGCCCGGUUCAUUCCACAGAAGAUUAUUUCCCAAUGCUUCUCUUAAUUUUGUUCACUCUUCAUGUGCUGUUCAAUGGCUUUCUAGAGUUCCACCUGAGGUUUUGGACAAGAGCUCUCCUGCUUGGAACAAAGGGAAAGUUCACUACUCAAACUCCUCGACUGAAGUUGUCAAGGCUUUUGAAGCUCAGUAUGCUAAGGACUUGGGCAACUUUCUAAAUGUUAGAGCACAAGAGAUUGUCCAUGGAGGUUUGAUGGCUCUUAUUAUUCCAGGUCGCCCCAAUGGAACACCUCACUCUGAUGCUUAUAUCAACAAGGCAUAUGAAUAUGUUGACUCUUCUCUUAUAGACAUGGCCAAGAAGGGCAAGAUUAGUAAUGAAAAGUUGGAUUCUUUUAACUUUCCAAUUUAUUAUGCAUCUCUCCAUGAAGUGGAAUCAGUUGUCAAACAAAACGGUUGGUUUAGCUUAGAGAUAAUGGAGAACCUACCUCACGAAAAGCCACAACCCAAAGUGAUGUCAGUGACCCUUAGAGCUGGGCUUGAAGGAACCGUAAAGGAUCAUUUUGGUGAUGAGGUUGAUACUGAAGAGCUCUUUGAUCUGCUAUUGUGCAAGAAGCUUGAAGAAGCCUUCUCUAUCACUGAAUCGUGUGAAUCAGUUUGCCUCUUUGUCUUACUCAAACGAACACCAAAUGAUAUAAUAGAUGAGUGUUGAUCUGAGCUGUGCUUAUCUUUUAUACAAUCUAUUCUAGGAUUUGAUCGACUAUAAAAAUUUGCUAUUUUUAUGGAAUAAUAUGAUAUAUGGACACACUUGUAGAGUGUUGUAUUUUCAUGGCUGUACUAGCUAGUAUUUUAUUAUAAUAUGCUCUUUUAUCAAGUAAUGACAAUUAUAUGUUGUUGUUUUU